GGCGGGAAACGAUUGGCACAUCGCGAGUCGCGAACUACCAUCGUAGGUCGUGGUAUUGUAUUGUCGUGAGACACGAGCGGCAUUGAAAUAUUUCGUAAUAAGAACACAAUUUGUUUUGUGAUCAAUUUGGUGGCACUAUUAAUAAAUUCUUAGCCUGUAAAUUAAUAGUUGAAGUAUAUAUACGAGUAACAGUUAAUUUAUAUGCAUACACACGUUAGCAUUUCGUUUCGUUAGCACAUCCGUUAGAGGUUUUUUCGUUAUUUCUGUUAUUUUUUUUCACUUCCUGUAGAGUAACAGAAAGAAACGGGAUAAAAAAUUAUAUCGCGUUUUCGAUCGAACGAGAAAAGAAUAAUAUAUAUGUAGAGAAAAAAGGAAAUUUUUAUGUUAUAUCUUUCAUCUCGAAACAUGAAAGAUAUCAAACAGUAUUUUUCCAAUGACACGAAGAUCGUCGACGAGAGAGCCUCUGCAGAUCUUGAAGAGGAGAGUGGACAGUGGAAAACAAUCGCGGCAGGUAAACGCGGACGCGUGAAGAUUCGAAUAUCGCGUACUUCUUCCCAAGAGAGAACGUGCGACAUAGUAGAAAGCAAAAAUGAUCUGAUUGACAAAACGCUUAGUCCGUUCAGUGGCAAGGUAAACAACGGUGAGGGAACUAUGCCUGAUGAGACACCAAAAACCAAACCAAAGCGGAAUUUCAGAAAGGGUCCUGAGCUCACAAAAAUAAAUGUAUAUCAAUCUGAAAAAGCAAAGUAUGUGGAACAAAAUACAAACGAGUUAAGUGAACAAAUUAUCAUAGAUUUAGACAGUAUUUCUAAUGACAGUACAAAGAAUAUUAAUGAGGUUGAAAAUGUAGAACUCUGUAAUGAAGUUGGUUCUCAGCGAGAAGAAUCAAAUGCAUUUCAAGUUUUGAUGAAUCGAAGUAAACCAAUACAGUAUAAGGAACUGUCACCGCAAUCUAUAGAAGAUAUUGAAAAUAAAGAGAAAUUGGAUGACAUCAAAGAAUUAAGAUCUAGACAUAAAGAGAAACUGAUAGCCUUGGCUGAUAAAAAAGGAUAUUCGAAAAGAAAGAUUGCAGAGAUGGAAGAAGGUGAGAGAAUAGAAAAAAAUAUAGAAAACCGCAUGAGAUUUUUUAAAAGUGAUGUCACAGACGAUAUUGCGCAUAAAAGAAAUGACAGUAUUGGAUUAUCGAUUAAAAAUAACAAACAGCAGUCUGGAAAUUUGCUGGAUUAUUUCAGUAAAUCACCCUUGGAAUCGAAAAACGAAGACGAGAAAUAUACAUCUACUUUUAUCGUAAAAGCGGACGUCCAUCAGUCUAAUAAUUCCGACAUUGAACCUGUAAUAAAGUCAAUAUCGAACAGGAUAUAUUCUAGCAAAAAAUGUUUAAAGUCAAAGAAUCUUUCUACAGUGGAUGAUAUUCACAUUAUAGCAUCUGAAAAUUUAUAUUUAACGCAAACAAAUAAGCAAGACAUGCAAAAGCGGGAGAAACCCCGUUGGUCUUUACGUAUAAAAUUACAUUCUACUGAAGACAAUGAUUCUUCAAAUGAUACCACUGACGAUGAAAUAUUUUCACUGAGAAACAAAUUAAAAUUUAAUACCUCGAAUAAAUUUCGGAACUCUGUAAAUAUGGAAGAUAAAAAUGUCUACUCGAAAGAUUGUAACAGUCAUAUUAGAACGAAACCGCCAAAUAAGGAGAAGAAAGAAUCAAUCGGUAAACAAAAAGGAGACAAUGUGCAAAACACUGCGAAAGACGCUAUCGUUAUUGAUAAUAAUAGAAAUGUUGAUAUACAGACGAAAAAAUUGAACGAAAUUGCUAAAGUGGAACAUAAAGACACGAAUGAAACGAUCAUAACAAUGACUGAUUCCGAAUGUGAAAUUAUUAAUGAAUAUGUCUUGAAGAGAAAGCCGAACGAAAAACUUGCACCAUUAUUCAUUAAACGACGUAAAACAAAUCCGGUUGUUACAGCAGCUAAACGUUCAUUUUUGCAAUCGGACAUAAUAGACAUGGAGAAUAAGAACAUAAAUCGUAAGGCACAUAACAAUAGUAGCAUUUCUACAUUACCGUUUCCCGCAAUCAGUCACGUGACACAAUUGAAAGAUACAUCGGAUUUGAUUAAAUUAGAGAUCGAGUAUAAAUUUUCGACGAAAGUCGAGAGAAAAUAUUUGCCUUCGAUAGAUGUUAAUAAUUAUAAAUGUAUUUGUAAUUAUAGUAAAGUACCAAAAGCGGUUGAAGUGAAGAUUAAUGAGCCUGUGAAGGCAAACAUUGAUGAAAUAUUGUCCGAGAUCGAGGAAUUUUGUCCGGACGCACGGAAAAUAUGGAAGACUAUAUCAACGAUCAAGAGCGAUUUGGAAAAAAAAUCGCCUCCACCGCGAAUGAAAAGUAGGAAGUCGAGAAUAGUUGAGCGAAAAAAGAUAUUAACGGAAAAUAUUGGAAACGAAAAAAGUCCGUUGCACGAUUGCGUUUGGACGUGUAAAUAUAAACCGAUGAGCGCAGAGGAUAUAGUAGGAAAUGAGGAAGCCGCGGGAAAACUGAAAGAUUGGCUAAGUGGCUGGAGAGCAUCCUUAACAAAACAGGACGAUGGCAGUAGUAGCGACGAAUUCUAUUCGUCAGACUGCAGUUCUUCGUGCAACAACCGUGAAAAUAAUCAAAUAGCUGUAUUGUUGGGUCCACACGGCAGCGGAAAGACAGCGAGUGUAUACGGAGUAGCGGAAGAACUCGGUUAUAGUGUACUUGAAGUAAAUGCGUCCUCUAGACGAACGGGAAAGAAAAUCUUGAAAGAAUUGGAGGAAGCCACGAAAUCGCAUAGAAUUAAAAAGAACAAACAUAAAUCUCCCUUUGCACGAAUCGCAAAUGAGAAUGAGAUUCCGAAAAUAUCGCAAAACUCUUUAAUUCUUCUAGAAGAUGUUGAUCUCAUUUUUGAAGAAGAUGAAGGAUUUGUGUCCGCUGCAUAUCAUUUGGCAUCAAAGACCAAACGACCGAUUGUCAUGACAUGUAGAGAUACAUGUCCUCACUUGAGCAAAAUGGCACCACAGCAGAACAAAAUUUAUUUUCAAAAAGUAAAUGGUAGCAGAGUGUCUGCUCUAUUGGAAUUAAUUUCGCUGGCGGAGACGAAUCGCAGGCUUCCGCAUAAUUGUCUAAUGAAAUUACUACAAGCAGGCGAUCUACGGCAGGCAUUGCUCCAGUCACAAUAUCUGCUACUCUCUGGUCCACCAGAAUUAACUGAACGAUCUACGACCAUUAAACCGUCGCUUUGGCAAAGCGUGCAACGCUACUUGUACAAACCUGCGAUUAAGAUGAUAAAUAGGCACAAGACAAGGAAAGGUACAAAUACCAAAAGGUUCAAUGAUACUGCAUUUAUACUGGAUAAUUUAGCUGAGAAUUUGGACAGUUUAUCUCUAGUGUCGACUUUAAUCGACAUCGAAGACACAAUGUUAAAUAUAUCGGAGGAGAAAGCGCAACCUAAUUUAUCUUUAGCCGAAAACAUAUCGUUCUAUUCCGCUUCGCGCGAUCUCAAAGUAGAUAUAGCAACUUUUAUUAGUGACCAAAUUCUCUGCAUUGAUUCGAAUGCAAAUGGGCUCAUGCAAAAUCAAAAUAAUAUUAUUUUGAGGAAACGACUGAAUCGAGGAGUGGAUCUGGCGCUAUCGCAUGUCACUUCCACAUGUUUAGAUCAACGAAUCAUAGCGUUAGAUUAUCUUCCGACAGUGCGAACAAUAUGUCGCGCGGAAGAAUUUCGCUCUACUAUCAAUUACAAACGAAGCAAUCGUUUUUUCCAUUAUCUGCAUAGUUACAUACCGUCGGCAUCGAUGAAACCGAAUAUUUUAGCCGCUGCGUGUAAAAUGUUGCAAGAAAAAACCAUAUCCGCAUGAGUAGUUAUUAGUGAUACUAUCGAUUGAUCCGACCUAAAAAAACAUACAUUCUUUCUAUCUAUGAUGAAUGUGAUGCUUAUAUUUUUAAUAAAAUUUAAUAUCAUGAUAAAUUAAGUGAAAGUUUUAUAGCAUAUUAUUUAUGUCUAUAAUUAUGAUGUAAUAUAAAUUGUGAUGCAUAUUGUUGUGUAAAAUAUAUAUAUAUAUAUAAUAAACAUUAUUUUAGUGUUUUCCCUCUUUUUUGUAAUUAAAUUUGUUAUAUUUCAGCAAAGAAAAUAAGUAUUUUAGCAUCUAUACAAAUUUGAAAAAAGUAGAAUUACAUCUAUAAUAAUUUACAUAGAAAGUGAAGAAAACAUUGCAUAUUCGCAACAGUUGACUGUUCAGAGAUAUAUUGUCUCCUAUUUUCUGGAUAGAUUAUAGCGUUAUAAACGUAUCUGAUUUUAUUUGUCUAACAUCAAGAAUAACAUACUGUUUGUGUCUAAAUGCAUCUAAAUAAAUCUA